AUGGCUCAUGGGACUAUGAAUAUGAUCCAAUCCCAUGAACCUUGGACUAACUAUCCCAGUCCUGUUGUUGGGUUUCAAAAUAAUCCAACCUCCAAUCCUUUCCCCAAUCCCAAGCCUAUUGAAAACCGGUUUGUAACCUUGGAGAGAAGUGAACUCUCUCAGUGGGUGGAGCAUAUCACCAAACAGCUCAUAGACGACUUGCCUGAACCCGCCGCCGCCACCACAGACACCUUGCAAACAUCCGAGGACUAUUUUGUCCCGUCAUCUCUCUCCACCGACUUAAUUAGUCCGAGUAAAAUCAGCCAGAGAAGCUAUGGUGAUCAUGACCAUGAGCUUCAAUGGGGGAAUGAGCUUCAACUCCAUGCAGAUAACAACAUUAGGCCAAGAGGGAUGAGCAAGCUUGAUGAGCAUGGCUUAUCCCUAAUCACCCUCCUCUUCGAAUGCGCGGUGGCCAUCUCCGUUGACAACCUCCCCGAGGCCCACCGGAUGCUUCUUGAGCUGAGUCAGAUGGCCUCGCCGUAUGGGCCAUCAUGCGCUGAGCGCGUGGUGGCCUAUUUCGCCAAGGCCAUGACUAGUAGGGUUAUCAACUCAUGGUUAGGCAUUUGCUCUCCUUUGGUGAAUUACAAAAGCAUUCAUAGUGCUUUUCAAGUCUUCAACACUAUCUCCCCCUUCAUCAAGUUUGCCCACUUCACUUCAAACCAAGCCAUCCUCGAGGCCUUUCACCGCCGAGAUAGGGGUUUGCAAUGGCCAGCCUUGUUUCACAUCCUCGCGACACGAAUGGAGGGCCCUCCACAGGUGCGAAUGACCGGUGUGGGAACAUCAUCGGAAAAUUUGAUGGAGACCGGUAAACAGCUCUCGAAUUUUGCUAAGCGACUAGGGCUACCCUUCGAAUUUCAUCCAAUUGUGAGGAAAAUAGGUGACAUAGAUGCUUCCAUGGUGCAAGUAAGGAGAGGGGAGACUCUAGCCGUGCAUUGGCUGCAGCAUUCACUUUACGACGCAACCGGCCCCGAUUGGAAAACAAUGAGACUGAUUGAAGAACUAGCACCAAGAAUUGUGACAUUGGUAGAGCAAGACAUGUCACAUAGUGGCUCAUUUUUGGAUCGUUUUGUUGGGUCACUACAUUACUAUUCGACCAUGUUUGAUUCACUAGAGUCAUAUUUGUCUAGCGACAACCCUAGCAGGCACAAUGUGGAGCACUGCCUGUUUUAUAGGGAGAUCAACAACAUUUUGGCGAUCGGGGGGCCGGCGAGAAGCGGGGAGGACAAGUUCAGGCAGUGGAGGAGUGAGCUUGGGGGGAGAAAUGGGUUCAUGCAAGUAGGGAUGAGUGCCAAUUCAAUGGCUCAAGCUCAGUUGAUAUUGAACAUGUUUCCUCCUACACAUGGGUAUAGCCUUGUGCAAGGAGAUGGGACUAUUAGGCUUGGGUGGAAGGAUACUAGUUUGUAUGUUGCUUCUGCAUGGACUUGUUCUCAUGCUUCAAGGUAG